AAACGCUUUACACAUGUUGUCAAUAUUUCUACUUUCUGUUCUCAAUACUUCUUCCAGCAGCUUCAAUGGGUGUCAUACGGACAGACGAGAGUCGGAGAGCUGAGAUCGAGGAGUUCCGGCGGAUGUUGCUAUCCUGCUCCGGCGUUGUCCUCAAGGUUAGAACCGAAGUUAAGUACAACCGCCGGCAAGUGCCAGCAUCUAACAGAAAUGAAGUCACAGUAGAUCAGAAGCUUGUAUGCGUCACAAGCGGCGUCUCUUUCCUUGGCAUCGCUAUUGUGAAAAAACUCUUACUCAGAGGCUACUCCGUUCGGAUCAUCGUCGAUAACGAAGGCGAUAUUGAGCGAUUGAGGGAGAUAGAAAUUACAGAGGAGGCAGGAGGAAGAUCGAACAUUACAAGCAGCAAUCAGAUCGGAGUUGUGCAGGCGAAUUUCAACGAACGUCGAAGCUUAAUGGAAGCGUUCGAUGGAUGUUGUGCUGUAUUUCAUACCGCGGCUUUCAUUGAUCCGAGUGGACUCUCCGGCUACUCAAAAAUAAUGGCGGAAGUUGAAGCACGGGCAGCAGAAAAUAUAGCGGAAGCCUGUGUUGCCACGUCAUCAAUUAGGAACUAUGUGCUUACAUCUUCUCUAUUGACAUGCAUUUGGAGAGACAUUUCCGAUAGCAGCCUCUCUCCUGUAGUAGACCACAAUACUUGGAGUGAUGAAUCCUUUUGCAAACGCAAAAAGUUAUGGUAUGCUUUGGGGAAGUUGAAAGCAGAACACGUGUCAUGGAAAAUAGCCAAGGAAAAAGGGUUGAAAUUGGCGACAAUAUGCUCUGGUCUUGUAACUGGACCACGUUACUUUUGUGCAAAUCCAUCAUCCACCAUAGCAUACCUCAAAGGUGGUCAAGAUAUGUACGACUACAGUUUAUUAGCAACUGUUGACGUUGAUAAAUUAGCAGAUGCACAUGUAUAUGUAUACGAGGAAAUGAACAAAAAGUGGUGGUGGUAGGUACGUUUGUUAUGACAAAGUCGUUUGUAGCCCAAACGAAGUUCAAAGAUUAGAAGAGGAAACAGGGAUUCAUAUAAACACAACUUCAAAUGAUUCUGAAUUCCGAUUUGUUUUGUCAAAUAGAAAGCUUGAUCAACUAAUGUUCCAAGUGCAUAGAUGUUCAAACUUAUA